UUGAAGAACUCCAGCUCCACUUGGAAAUUGAAUUCGAGUUCUUGAGUCCUUCAAUGGCCAACGAGGGAAGCAAACGGUCUCAAACAUCUGUAAGUCUGUAUCCUCGGACUGUAAACGUGAAGAAAUUUGCGGAGUCUCGAGCACCCGAGCUCGAAGCCCUGCACUCGAUCGUUUCAAAUCGAUUAAACAACGAUUUCCGCUCUCGCCGGGACAAGAGAAGAAGAACAACUGGUUACGACAACCGGGUCACAAAGAAUAGAUCCAAAAACAAGCGAAAAAGGGUGCAAAUCGAUCACAACGAGGCUUCGACGUCUGAGAUUGAUCAGAAGAAGGUUCCACGUAGAGUUCGAAGGAGACAUGAACUUAGGAAGAAUCCUGAGUCCGGUUUUUGUACUACGGGAGAUGGGACGAAGAGGCUGAGGACUCAUCUGUGGCAUGCAAAGAGGUUUGCUAUGACGAAGCUAUGGGGAUUCUAUCUUCCUUUGGGAUUGCAAGGAAGGGGAAGGGGAUCAAGGGCUCUAUUGAAGUGGUUCAAACAUGGAGCACUCUUACAUGAUGCAAGCUACUUUUCUGCUGUCCAAUUGGAGGGUCCAGAGGAUUCAUUGUUAUCAAUUUUAAGAAUGGCCUUGGUGCCGGCUCCAUCUCUUCUUCUAGAAGAAGUGUCCCGUUCUGUGAUUUCUGGGGUUAGUUAUGGAAGGGCUAUGCUUCACCAUACUGAGGUACUAAAUUCUCAACCGAUUACCCCAGUGACCUACAUGUGGCGGCCAUUAAGUAGGCAAAAACUUGAUAUUGCAGAGGACCUUACCUCUGAUGGAGAUAGAAAGUCACAGAACGGUACUUGCAGGUCUUCAUUUCGCCAGCUAUGGGUAUGGAUACAUGCUGCAGCCUUUGCUGAAGGAUAUGAUGCUCUGAAAUUUGCAUGUCAAAAGUUGAUGGAUGAGACUGGCAAUUCUGUUAGUUGUUUUUCACGUGAGGGUCAAAUGGGGAAAUUAGAAGUUAUGGGAUCGAAGGCAAUGCAGGUUCUUCUAAAGACAUUACGUCCCACUUCUGGUAUAUCAGAGGUUCAUCUCUCAUUGAGGAAAUGCUUGGCUCUGGAGGCUGUGACAGAUUCUCAACUUCAGAAGAAUAUCAUCCUUGAGCAUGGGGAGCACCUUCCUUCUCGUGCAAUUUUAUCUUUGACUGUACAUGAUCCUCGUGAUCUGCCGAUGAAAAGGACUGAACUAGUUUCAGAAGCACCUGGUAGUUUCCAGGAUGAUGUAUUAAAGGAUGAAUCUAAACAUCUGGCAGCAUCGACCGGAUUUUCAAACAACAGCAAAGAGAUACUCUCAUCACUGUGGUUGGAACCUGAAGAAAAUGGUUGUUUCUUCUCUGACAGCAAGGAUUUGUGGGAAACUGGCAAUGGGAUGAAUCAUCCUCUCGAGGACAGUAUUCUUUGCAUGGAAAAACAUAACCAGCGUUUGGCUUUCUUUAACCUUGAUAAUUCACAGUCUGAGAUAGUAACUAAUGAAAAGAUGGGGCAGUCUUCUAGAUCUUGUCCUAUUUUGCUGUUAAAAGAUUCUUGUAUAGGGUGGUCUAUCAUUCUCCCAUUAAGUUGGGUCAAGACCUUCUGGGUGCCCCUUGUCUCCCAUGGGGCUCGUGUGGUUGGCCUGAGAGAAAAGCGUUGGAUUGCAUGUGAUGUUGGCUUGCCCUCCUUCCCUUAUGAUUUUCCUGACUGUAAGGCCUACACAGGCUUGAAGACUACUGAGGUAGCAACCGCUGACAAAAAAGCGGAACUUCGACCUGUUGCCAUGAGGCCUUUAAGAGUUCCUAUUCCCCCGCCUUGGUGUUGUGUCAAGUUGACAAUCAAGGUUAAAUCCACUACAAUCCAAGAUAUUCAAAACCUCAACAGUGAAAUGUUAUGUGGAGAGCAGGUGCCAAGCAACUCAUUGCCAGAGUCAGAUGAUAGGAAUUUUGAAUCCACAUUUGGUAGGGAGGAGCAGGGUUCAUCUUUUGAAGGCUUUGUUGCAAGGACAUCCUGUGACUUGAGUAGCUACUUGAAUGCAGUCCAUGGUGGUAAUCUGCCAUUAUACCCUGAUGCACUAAAGGAUGGAAAAGUUCUCUCUAAGGUGAUAAAAGAUGGAGGCAAAUUUAUGCUGGCCCCAACCAUCCUGUUACCUCUUGACCUGAAACUAUGUUUCCUCAGAGUUCAUCUCCAUGCUUACAAGGAAGGUGUUUUCGAAGAGGGUGCUGUUGUUUGUGCACCUCGUUUCACUGAUCUAGAAUUAUUGACAUCCAGAUCAGACAAGGAUGCAAGACUUCAAAUCUCCCAGUUGUCAUUGAGAUCUUACUUCAAGCAAGAACCUUGUGGCAUGUGGAAUCUUCAAAUACCAGAUGACCCUCUAGCCGGGGAAUCUUACAGGUGGCCUAUUGGAUUUGUCACAACUGGGUUUGUCUAUGGAAGUGGAAAGCCAGUAGCAGAGUCUCUAUGUGAGGCAACCCAGCUUGCUUUGUUGAGAGGGGAACAAUGGGAUAAGAUGCCAAAGAAGCAAAGGAGGCGGGAGAUAUAUGUAUUGGUUAGGAAUCUGAGAUCCACAUCCUAUAGACUUGCCCUAGCUACCAUUGUUCUGGAGCUACAGGAGGAGGAUGUUGAGUUCAUGUAGAUAUACCUUCCCCUGUUUCUUGUACUUGUACUAAUAUAUUGGAGGGGAGAUU